UCAUUUAAAAGAGUCAUUCAAUAUCAUGACCCCACUACGAGUGGGCUGGGCUCUUAUCUGGAGUUUUACCAAUAAGAGCAGUGGGUGGACACUUAUAUAAAGCACAUACACCCGGGUAACGGUGAGCUGUUUGUCUUCACUUGAUCUUUGCGGUCUGCGACUCCCCCAUAUUGUACUGUGCAAACAUGGCAAGAAUUGGCAGGCUGUCCACCAAAGGUUCAGUGCUGCUACUGUGUGACAUACAGGAGAAGUUCAGACCCAAUAUUUUCCAGUUCACAAACAUUGUGAGCAAUGCAGCAAGAUUGCUACAGGCAUGUCGAAUCUUAAACAUCCCUCAGAUUUUAACUGAGCAGUACCCUAAAGGUUUGGGCCCCACUGUCCCUGAGCUGGGGGCCGAGGGCUUGAAGCCUCAUACAAAGACCAGUUUCUCCAUGAUGACAGAGAGUGUGGAGAGCACACUCAAGAGCCUGGGAGACCCUCAGCAAGUCAUACUAUGUGGCAUCGAGGCUCAAGCGUGCAUUGCGUGUACAACCUAUGAUCUUCUAGAACGAGGCAUGGAGGUUCAUAUUGUAGCAGAUGCUGUCUCCUCUCGAAGUCAGACAGAUCGUCUUUUUGCCCUGUCACGCCUGAAGCAGAGUGGGGCGUUUCUCAGCACUACAGAGGGAGUUUUAUUACAACUAGUGCAGGAUGCCAAGCACCCCAACUUUAAAGAGAUCCAGAAGCUCUUGGCUCACCCCUCCCCUGAUACAGGCCUGCUGGCCCUCUUCAGCUCUCUGUAGGGCCAGUCACACACCUAACCCAGCAGACAUCAUUACAUAAAUUACUCAAAAUCAGCUCAAACCGCUCAUUGAACCUGUUGGACUCGUGUGAGCUCUGAGCAUUUGUGUAUCCAAUGAAAAUUAUUUACAAUAAUAAAUACCUGAAAGUAUGAAAAUG